AUGUGUGUCGACCAGAGAAUGGACAAGGUGGAGCAGAGGCUUGCCAGCAAAAUUGAAGAUUCCCAGUUGAAGCUAGAAGGAAUGGAGACGAGAAUUAUGUCUAAGUUGAAGGACUCUACUACUGACUUAAAGCGGCACACAACGCAGAAGUGCGCUGCAGGGCCUAGUGAUGGAUCAUCCUCUUCUUCGAAAUCGACUGCAAGUGGAGGACGCCGUGACAGCUGGAGUCUCCCAACCAAUGCUGGCUCGAACACCUCAACUGAGGUUGUUCUAGAACGUUUGGAGGCUCAGGAUGGAAUCCUCAACCACAUGGACAGCCAAAUUGACUGGCUACUCGAGAUGGUCCAAGGUCUCCAAGCAAAGUGUCCGGACCAUUCUACAAUCAAGAAGAAGGGCAGUCCAGCAAGCACGGUGAUCACCACAAGCUCUGAUGGCACUGGUACUUACACCAGAAACCAGCGCAUGCAAGAGGCUUUUGAAGGACGGCGUCACAGCAGUUCUGGCACUGGCAACAAUACCCGCUAUGUGAGCAUGACAGUCAAUCAGUACUCUAAGAGUGUGCCCAACGCCGGCGGCACACCCUCCCUGAAGACGGCACCAGCUCCAUCUCCGGCCACAGCUCCGGCAAAGCCACCUAAAAUUCAGUUCCAGCAUGUUUCUGAAGUGAUCCCAUUCUCUCACGAACAGAACCACCGAGUUGGAGAGAAGCAAGCCACUAUCCCUGCACGUGGCCCCUUCAAGGACCCUUAUGCCCAGUUCAGCCAGAAGCAGAAGACUCCACAGUUCCACAAUCCGUACAGGACCUCGGCAGCUAACAGCAAUGCAAAUCCACCUUCUUUUACUCAGCAGAUGCCACCUCUUUCUCAAGCAAAAAGUGACCGCGAUGGAACCAACUUUGGCAGUACUCAGUUUCACUCUCAGAAUGAGAAUAGUCCCCCUAAUGGCCAAGUUGAUGUUUGA